CGUCGAAACAAGUCCCUGCCUCCCUGGAGGUCACUUUCCCCACCAAAUCAAGCUUUCUGCCAGGGGAGGCUGGUCAAUCAUGAACGGAAACUCCUCGUUCCAAUGUGGAUGGCUAGUUUUCCUGAUCAUCCGAAAUACAACCAACAACCAAAGACAAUAAAUCUGGAGUUCUGCACAGGCUCAAUGCCAGAAUAGCGUGAAAUGAACUUAUUCAUUUUUCAUUGCGAAUUGAAUCAUUGGUGG